UCUCAUCCAUGUUGGCGUGUUUGAUUCUCUCCAGGAUGAUGUGGCUUAGUAUUUUUCUUGGAGUGGACAGGCACAUAAUGCCGCGCCAGUUCUUGCAUAUGGUAUCAGAACUUAAUUCUAUGUUUCUAAGAGCACAAAUGAUGUAUCCUAGCCGGCUAAAUUAUAAAUUACAGUCUUGAAGACCAUUCCGGUGCGGGUGAGUUCUUUUAGACAUUAUUAUAUGAUGUAAUAGCGCAUUCAGGUGUUCUCAUAAAUGCAAUUCACACCACAUGUUUAUGGAAUCACUGUCUUUAAGUCUAUGAUUUGGCGAGAAGUUAUUUCCAGGUAGACAUCGUUGAUUGUGGCAAGCAGUCAUGAAGUAAUUUUUUACCCAAAGAAACAACUUUGAGGUUGUGGUGAAAAUGUUAAUAUCUAAAUGAAUUUCUCCGAAAUUUCCUCAGAUUUAUUACACUAACCUAUCCCAGAAUUUUUUAAAUUUGGUGUACAGGUGGUUGUGCGUCGGUGACACAGUGGUUAGGACUCUCGCCGACCAUGCACAUAGUCCGGGGUUCGAUCACCUGCCGACGCACACCUGAUAUCUAUGGUCGGCCUGCAAAAUUUGGGCUACCGAUAUCACAUGCUGAAAAUCCCAUACCUGUACCAAAAAAUACGGUGUUGAAUCAAGCUGUAUUCAAAAAAAAUUGUUCGUCGCAUAAUUAAUUUUAGCAACCGAGAUUUAAAAAUAUAGCGUAUCAAACUAAAUUUUAUUUCGUCUUACUGACUUCUUUCCGGCAUUUAACAUGUGGAAGAUUUUUCCGAGUUCUUGGAAAAUAUUUCACUUGUUCUGUAUAGAUAUGCAGCUGUCUGUCCUAAUAGGUAGUCCAUUUAUGUAUGCGGGAAGUUACAUUUAUUUUUUAUGGAUUUUAUUACUUGCGGUGUUAAAUCAGCAAUUUCUGUGACCGACUUUAUCUUGCCCCUUACCCUCUCUCACUAAUUUGGAAGAUAACUAACAUACCAUUAGCUUCGCUGAAACAACUGAAUUCUUUGAAUAACUUCCUGAAGUAUCACUGGUAAUCACCGAAUAUGCUUUGUAACAAGUUUAAUUCAAAAGGAAGCCAUUACGUUUCGUCGGAAUUAGCGGGGUUGUUAUAUGACAGAUUACAAAGCAUACCGACAGUGUUUGGAAUCGGUCUUUAAUAAUUAUAUUGCCAAACAGAUAAUUGUUUGAUGAGGUCUGGAAAUGUGAUUUUGUCUAUUUUACCACUUUUGUAGAUGGGGGACAGGCUUUCGAUCGACGUAUAUCGUCUUUCUUCUUAUGCCUACAGAUUAGAUACCUUUAGCAAUUGGAUUUAUGAUGGGAGGUCAAAGUGUACAGCUGAAAAAUUAGCUAGGUCGGGAUUUUAUCGACUGCACUCAGACCAAAAUUCAACUCAGUGUUUUGUAUGCCUAAAGGAGUUAGAAGGAUGGGAACCUGAUGAUGAUCCAGAUAAAGAACAUGGAACUCAUUCACCGAAAUGUCCAUUUCUUUCGUCUAAACAAUAUGAAGAGAUGACAGUAGAAGAAGGCUUAAAAAUGGAUGUUGAAAGAUAUUGUAUGUAUUUGAAUAAUUUGAUUGCAGAACACGGUGAUAUUUAUGUACUUAAAAAAACAUUUCAAAAGUUUAGUGAAGCUCUCCUCUCUAGAAUUCCAAAACGACGAGGUAAAAGGACAACAAUGUUGAGUAAUGCAGACUCAUGUGUGUCAGAUAUGAGUCUUAGAUCUACUAGAUCAACUAGAAGCAGAUGCAAAAAAACAUAAAUGUAUUAUUAGGCUGUUUUUUAACACCUUAAUGUGUAACAGUUUCUUACGUGCUUCCUGUUGUGUAUGUGUACAUAUACUACAUCUUGCGUUAUGCAUAAUGUUGAUUAAAACGAUUUGGCUUUUCUUCUGACUUUUUCAGUUUUCAAAUUACCCCCCUGAGAGCUACUGUGAAUGGCUAAAGUUGUUGUUUUGUUGCGAUAAGGCUUUAUUAAUGUGAUUGAGACUUCUACUUUGAUAAUUGGGUUCUAUAGAAGGUAUUAUUUUUUCAUUGAAACAUUCAUUCAGACAUUUGGAAAAAACAAAAAAAAAAAAUUCAGCGCAGAAUAUACUCUUCGAUAAUCUAUAUAUCUAUGUCUAUAUCUAUCU